CCGUUCGCUAGUUCGGCCCGAACCGCCGAUAAGAGUACAUGUGAACUGUGUCUGUUUAACGUAAAAUCGCGCACGCGCUCUCGCGAUCGUAGCAACGCAAAACCACCCAACGAAAACAGUUGGGAAAAUUAUUACACCACCCACUUUACUGAACGCAAUAGUGACAGUGACGUUUCGGGGAGUCAUUGACAGAACACGCUUUUGUUAUGAUUUUGUAAAAAUUGUUUUUCGUAAAAAUUUUCAGUUUUUCAAACAAAUUGAACGUAGUAUUUGAUCGGUGAAGAAGUGACAUAAUAUAAAGUGCUGCUUGUGAGUUUUAAGAAUGGGUCCGGGUGCUAUAGGAUAGCGCGAUGAUGCGCAAGGGUUCAGCCGGAACGCCCGGCGGGACUGAAGUCGCGCUGGACGCCGCCGACUGUCUGACAUUGCAGCAGAUCCUUAAAGCCUUCAACUCUAACAUAAGCGAGGAGCACGCUUGGGCUCUGUUCUACCAAACAUCCCGCUGCUACCAAAAAUGUUUAGACGAAGGUACCGCUUACUAUUUACCAACGGAGCUAGCACACGUUCUGCUUCAUAAGGAUGGCACCGUGCACCCUAGCACGCUGUUGCAUACGAGAGAUGACAGCAGCAGAGAAAAAGUUAAAUCAGAAAACGAGUUGGUUGUUAAUUUGGCGAUCGUGGUAUACCAUGCCCUGGACUACACGCACGGGGAAGAUGAAGAGAGGCUCAUAUCACCUGACCUCGAGGGACUUAUUACGGAGAUGACCGCCGGCAAUAUUACUGAGGACGAUGAAGAAUGCGGCGCUCUAUCAGAGGGUUCGGAGACGUCAGAGGGCGGUCGUGCUGACACCGACGAUGAGGGUAUAGAACGGGAUGCUGAGCCGCCGCCGAGACGACGCCGCCCCCUGAGGCGGUUCAUGCUGAAGGAUGUUAUCGAGCGUUGUAUUUGGCACUGCGGAGGUGGCAGCGGUCGCAUAGCGCGGGAGACGGCUGCGGCGCACUACCGCGCGGUGUGCAGGGCGCUGGUCGCCGAGGCGCUUGAGCUGGCGUCGUUCCUAGCACGAGUACGAGUCGGAGGAGCACGGGACCUCGGUGCCGCUGAAGAUUCCGCCACGCAUCUCGAUACUCUACAAUUCUCUGAUUGGUCAAACCGACGGAUUUGGAGAGCUUUACAAGCGCGAUUCUGGAUGCAAGUGAUUGGGGAAUUGCGUAUGGGAGUGAAACUAAAGAAAGUUAACUAUUCAAGAACUCCUAUAGAAUAUGAAUUAACUCCGUAUGAAAUACUCAUGGAUGACAUAAGGUCGAGGCGGUAUACUUUAAGAAAAGUGGAUGGUGCGAUACCGCAAAGUGUCAAGAAGGAUGCGCAUGCAAUGAUACUCGAAUUUAUUAGAAGUAGGCCUCCACUCAAAAAGGCUUCGGAACGGAAGCUACCACCACCUCGACGGGAAGUGACUCCACGAGAACAGCUACUAGCCUCAAUCCAAGUGGGACGUCAGCUCAGGCCAACACCUUACUCAAGGCGAUUAUCAACGAGUGGCUCCGGCAGCGGGCCGGGCGGCGGCGACACGCGGCGUGGCGACGUCACGCCGCACGCGCCACCGCAAAGACGUCUCAUCAAAGUAGACUUCGACAACCUUGAGGAUGACGAGGAUGAAGAUGAUACUGAGACCUGCGUCAGCCCAGAGACUUGCGCGCCGCAGCCGUUCCCCAGGCAUACGGUGCCGCAGCAAACUGCCCCUAAACCUUGGAAAAGGACCGUCGCGGGAGAGACGCCACGUGCUCCGCCGCGCACGCGCAUCUCCCAUCACGAGUACCACCAGUUCUGCGACGAGACCCUCGAAUCCUAUGACCUCGCGACGCAGUGCCCGUCCCGGCGCGCGUCGAUGCGACGUCACACCGUCACACAUCCCCCCUGCCCGCCCACCGACGGCGCGCAAUCGCUGCCACACUCCAGGCCAGGAUCAAGGGCAUCGUGUGCGGGUGCGGCGUCCCUCGCUAGCAGCGACGCGGACGCACAGUUGGGCGAGUUGUCUUGGUCUCGAUCCUCGCUGCAGGACGAGCUCAUCAAGUCGGUUAGUGGCAGCCCCACCCAUCCGCAUAAACAAUGGCAAGAUGCGAUAAUGUCCGACGAUCGACUCUCUCUGACGCUAGAAGAAAUUGUUCAUAUCCGGUCCGUGUUGACUAAAGCGGAACUAGAAGUCCUGCCCGUCGAGGGUAGGGUCAAAGAAGAUGUGGAAAAACGAAGGGUAUGCUUCCUAUGUUUGAAGACACGGUUCGGUAUUUUCGGCCCCUGGGGCCAGAAGUGUAAGCUGUGCAAAAAGACUGUCUGUCAAAAAUGUUGUUCGAAGAUGCGUAUCCCGACGGAGCACUUCGCGCACGUGCCGGUAGCGCUACUCAGCCCGUCUCUGCUGCCGUCGCCCGACGACGAGCCGCAGUCCUUCCCGCGCUCGCUCAUGGCGCGCCUCGUGGCGCCCGAACACAACGUGACGGUGGACAACUCGGUGGGCUCGGCGCCGAGCAGCCCGGCGCGCGCGCGGCGCUGCGCCACGUCGGCGCCCGGCUCGCGCGGCGCGUCCGCGCUCGGCUUCGCGGAGCCGCUGCCGAGCGUCGCCAUCGCGCGCGCCGACGGGCCCGGCAGCAUGCCCUGCGUGUCCACGCCGCUCUCCACGAUGUCCACUCUCGAGCGCAGGGCGCGCUACGGGCGCGCGGCGACGGGCGUGUCCGCGGCGGAGCGCCUGCGCGGCGUGCAGAUGGCCGUGUGCCACGACUGCAAGGCGAUGGUGCUGCAGAUCAUCAAGUCGUCCCGCGCGUCCCGCUCGGCGUCCCGCGACCGCGCGCUGCGCCACCUCACGCUGGACCUGGCGCCCGUGUACACGGCGGACUGUUAGCCGCCCGGCGACCGUUACCGCGCUGAGUUUUGAGCUGAGGCUGCCGAUUUGUCCCAAUUUUUUUUACUUUGUUUAGUUUUAUAAACAAUAUGAGGGUUACUGUUUCGUUUCGAUGCGUAUUGCUGACCCCGAUCGAGGGCCCGAUUUAUAGUGACGACCCGAUUUUCAGUCUGUAACCCCUCCGGUAGCCUUACUCGAAUCGACCUCGUGACGAAAACGACGUAUCGACACACUCGGCUCUGCUCCCGUACAAUGUUAAAGGCACAAUAAUCUUGGAAUCGCCAUCGUUUCGAAUCGACGCUCAAAAAACUUUCUACUGGAUGAUCAAGCGACUGAAAUCGGAUCGACGGAUGAUUUGAAACGUUACACGUCAGUAAUAGAUGUUGCAGAUAGAAAAAUUAUAGUGAGAAUGUUUCGAGUAGUUUCAUGAAAACAAAGAGCUUCCGAGGUUGUGUAGAAUCUACGUUGUGUUUGUAGAUGGACUGUGAUCCGACACUUGUAGACGAAUGACUUUUGACAAUACUCUAUGACUUUUGACAGAUAGUGAAACACAUUUUUUUUUUAAUUUGUCGCACAAACGAUUUCACGAUAAAAUUAUAUUUACAAUAAAACAGUUGCAAUCAGAGAUAUUCACAGUAAAUAUAUUGAAUGAUAUACUAAUUAAAUUUUAAAAUAUUCCAAGAAAUUAACUAAAAUAAUAUUUUGUCACUUUUAUGUAAUAGAUAUUUAUAUAUUUUUUCCUAGAUUUUAUGAUAUGUCUACAAUUUGAAUGUGAAUCAAAAUAAUCUGUGUUCAAAAUAAAUGUGCUAUGAAUGUUAUAGUAUGAAGAUGUGAUGUUAUAUUAUAAACGUUGAGAGAUUGUUCUCGUAUAUUCCAUGUUACGUGUUAAUUCAAACUGAAGCGUACCAUCAUUUCCCGCUUAUGACUUACGUGAGGCAUAUUUAAGCUACAUUUUCUUUGACAUUCAACGCUAAUAGCGAUAUUAUAGAAUGUUACUUUCCUGUGCCAUAUAAACAGAUCAUUAAAUAAGACAGCAGAAUAAAGGCCACACGUGUACAAAUAUAAGUUAUUACUAUGUGCGUGGUUUGAGUGAAAUAAGCAAAAAGUUUCUAUAUGUUACUAUUUAUUUUCUGUGAGCUUUAAAGAUGGUGGAUAUCGAAUUGGAUACUGGUCAUAUAUUUUAAAAUAAUUUAAAUUUAUAAAAAUUAAUGGGGAUUCUGUUACUUUUGUUGCUUUUUGCUAAAAAUAACAAUUAUUCCGAAUUAUAAAUUUUGUUGAGAUACAUUGAGUGAACAUUCUGUUUGGAAUUUCAUUUGAUAACUCAGUGUUAAAUAAUUUAAAUAUAGGCGUGUAUGUAAUUACUUUUUUAUAUUGUGACAAUACUUUCUUGAUAAAGAUUCAAUUUCAUAUUCAAAAUUUAUAAUCUCAUCUUAUCUUACUAUUUAGUAGUCAAUAUUUUUAUUACAACUAUUCUGAAUGGCGAAGUUUCAUUAAAAUUAAAUUUUUCUUUUAAAAAUAUUUUCUCGGUUUAUUAUAUUUAUCUAUAAAUUAAUAUUUUUCAUACUUUAAACAAUCAAAGAUCAACGAUCAUAUAGCCUAUAAGGAUAGUGCAAUUUAUUUUUAAUAUGUGUGACCAGUAUUUAAUUUAUUUUAUUUAAGUAGUUUUUCGAUCAAUAUAUUCGUUCACCCAUUUCAUUCAUAACUUAGUUUUAUUUAGAUGUAUUUAAAUUAUUUUGCCAAAUACAUAUGUAAUCACUAUACUUUUGUAAAUAUAGAAUCAUUUAGUGUCAUCAUAAAAUCGGUUACGUAAUUAUUUAGUUAUAGAUUUCGAUGUUCAUAAAAAGUGUAAUUUUAUCUUAAGCUUCUUAAGAACUGGGAUUUCCUCGAAAUUAUUAUAAUAAUCAAAAGAAUAAACAUUAAUUAAAUGUAUAUUCGAACAGGAAUCCAGCCUUACAACACACACCCACUGUUUUAGAAUUAUGUUUUUUUUUUUUGGUACUGAUAAGAAAGACAAUUUUUAUCAUUAUUUAAUUUUUGUAUUAACAUACUAAAUUUAUUAUAAUUUGAAAUUUUGGCCCAAUAUAAAAAUGACUUACCAUUUGAUUGCAUAUUCUGUGUAUUUCAAUAAUAAUUUUAUUUAUUUAACCCAUUAAUGUAAUUCGUAAAUUAAAAUUGAAUUCCCAGUUAUAAAAAAUUGUAAAUGUAUGUAAAUUUUAGUAGUCUAUAUUAGAUGUUACGUAGAUUGUAAUCGUCUAAAGCAUACAUAAAGUAAAAAAUGAAAACGGUAACGAUAUUAAAAACAAUUACAAAUCAA